UUGUGAAGCCCGCAGGGGUCGUUCACAGGAUGUGAAGGAAAGGAUGAGGUGCCAGAGUUUCUGAACAGUGGAUAAAUACCCGGGCCCAUUCAGGGACAUGGUAGAGGAAGGGACUAAGGGAGCCCAGCACCUUGGUGGAAGCUGAGAGCAACUCCCUUCACCCUGAGGAGCCAGUGAGUGGGUGUGUGAAGGUUGCCCUGCUGCCAAGCGAACAGCCCCUUGCCCUCGGUUUCUCCUGCGACCGAUGUCAUCUGCGCCCACUGCAGGGCGGGGCUCCAGGGCCAGGCUGGUGGUGGUUCCAAAGCCUCGAGAGCCAUCGGUUCCUAACCAGACUCUUACUGGGGGUUGGCACCCUACCCAUGGCCGGACACAGGCCCCCAAACUUCUGCCCCCCUCCAGAGAGUGGUACGGGUGGGUCCCUCCGGCCGAUGCCCCUCUGGGUUGACGUUCCGAGCUGGGUGAGCGGCCAGGGACCCCCUGGCAGACUGAUGGUCUGGCCAGGGGUUGGGGCAAGGAUCUGCCGAGGCCCCGAGGUGUGGGGGUUCCCCCUGGGUCCCCCACCUUAUGAAUUCCCAGGCGGGGCGGCUCCCUGCAAAGCUGAGGAGGCAGGGGCCUGGUUACCAAGCCCCUUCCAGCCCCCUGGCCGGGAACCCUACAUUGCGGUACUGAACUCUCGGAAGUUGGCGCUGCCCGAGGACGUCUCGGCCUUGGAGAGGGAGAUGGAGCAGCUGGCCAAGGAGCUGCGCCAGAAGAGGCUGACCCUGGGCUACUCGCAGAGCGAUGUGGGCGUCGCCGUGGGUGCUGUGUUCGGGGAGGUGCUUAGCCAGAUGACCAUCUGCCGCUUCGAGUCUCAGCAGCCCAGCCUCGCCAAGAUGGGGAAGGUCGGGCCGCUGCUGAAGAUGUGGCUGGCGGAGGCGAACGCCAAGAACCACCGAGGCCUGGGGAAGAUGGAGAUGAUUCUGCAGCAGAGCUGGAAGCGGAGACAGGCUCACCGGGAGAGGAGACUCCAAAACGACCUGGAGAGGCUCUUGGUGCAGUGUCCGAAUCCCACGCCCCGGCAGAUCAGCUGCAUCGCCGGGCACCUCCGGCUGCGGAAGGAGCUGGACCGGAUGUGGUGCUGUCUUCGGAGCCAGGCGUGCGGCGUGCGGUGUGCGGUGUGCGGUGUGCGGUGUCCCGACCCACCGCGCCUCCCAGCAGGAGGAUGCGGGAGUAGCCAGGCCCCUCUCCCGUGGCAACCCGUGUGCUUUCCCCUGGCACCCGGGCUCCUCGAACUCCUCCACCAUGGGGGGCCCUGCCUUACACCCCCCCCGCACCCCGCUGCGCCCUUCCCCGGAGGAGGAGUCCUGUCUGUCCCGGCUGCCACCCUGGGCCUCCCCAGGCUUUCAAGCUGAGGGCAAGGCUGAGGGGAGAAGGGAGCGAAGGAGAAAACUGGGCCAGCCGCCCUGGGGUCCAAGUCGGUCCGUCCAGUCCGUCCGGUCCGGCCCGGCGCACAGGCUGAAGAAGUUAAGAAUGCGCAGUUGGGAUGUGGGCGGGAGUUGUUUAAGAAAUUUGGGAGGGAAGUUUAUUGAUGUUUUGUGUUUUUCCCUUUAUUUCAAAAAAAGAGCCCUGGUUUUAAGGCAUAUUACAAUAUCCAAAUGGUUUCAAUACUUUGUUUCUCUCUUUAUUAUUAACUAAAGAUUGUGUCUGUUGUUCCAUGUGGUGUUCAGGAAACAUAGUGCUUAAUUUUUCUUCUUAUAAACAAUAUUGGGUGAAGAACUCAAGUCACCAACUACUUCAGAAUACUAUUUUUUAUUAAAGCAGAACUCUGAGCCAACACAAACACAAAACCCAGCAUAAUAGUUCCCCCGAGGAAAGACUUAAGAAUGGAUAGGAAAGGAGUGCCCAGAGCCCUUGCUGAAACAACACUGGUUCUCCAAGCUGCCUCUUUCCUAAUUCAUCUUUUCAUUUCCACUGCCCUUGCUUGUUGUGGAGUUCUCAGCUCAGCUCCUCACCUUACAUGGCCCUGUGGGUUUAUCUUCUGCCGCUGAAUUCACUCUGUC